CUCUUCUCUGCAACUCUCUCUUCUUCCUUCACAUUCCUUGCUGAGACGAUCUAGUUGUUGUACCUAGGCAAACGGACGGAAGAAGAUUCGAUUUGCUGUCUUGGCUCUUCUAGCCCACGGGUUCUUCUAGCUCUUCCAAGUGCCAACAUCUGCGUCGUUGGCAAGGCUUCUAACAAAGCAGCCAUGACCUGGUUCCCUGACAAAUCAUCUGGGAAAAAGGUGUUUCCAAAGCAAUAUAUUCAUGGUUCAUUUGAAGUCUCUUCUGUUAAAUAAGGAUCUUGGACAUCUUUCUUACUUCAUUGGGCUUGAGAUCACUCGCACAGAUCCUGACAUUUUCUUAGUCAGCGUAAAUAUAUCUCUGGACUUUUGGCUGAUCACCAGUUUGAUGAGUGCACUCCUGUUCGAACCC